CAUGGGGAGAGGGAGAGAUGAGGAACGAGAGAUGCGAGCAUGCUGAUUUUGCAGACGCUGUCGACCAGACCAGUUUGGACUGUUCUACCCCAGUGCAACUCUCUGCCAUCUGUUCGCCACCGAAUUGCGCCUUGGGGUUGUUUUCUUUCUUUCUCUUUUUCUAACCCCUCUUCUUUUUCUCCUCCAUGCUUUUGAACAUCAAAUAACCCCAAGAGUAUAUAGUCCAAGCUUGCAAAUGCACUGCCUUGCGUGUGCAUAAGCCAGCAUCCACUGGGAACAGGUUGCAGGGAGAUUGUUUUAUUGUGUUUUUUUUUCCUUUCUUUUUGUGGGGCUGUACUUCUUGCUUUCUUUUUUUAUUUUCUUUUAUUACUAAACAAUGGCUGACAAUAAUGCUGAAUGCAAUAUCAAGGUGCUGUGUCGUUUUCGUCCACUCAACCGGUCGGAAAUCCUGCGUGGAGAUAAGUUCAUCCCAGUAUUCCAGGGCGAAGACGCUGUUCUCCUUGGGGGGAGGUGCUUUGUGUUUGACCAGGUGUUCCCUACAAAUGCCACCCAGGAGCAGGUCUACAACACUUGUGCCAAGCAUAUUGUGAAAGAUGUACUGGGCGGAUACAACGGAACCAUCUUCGCCUACGGCCAGACGGCCUCGGGAAAGACUCACACUAUGGAGGGAAACCUUCAUGACCCCCAGGGGAUGGGCAUCAUCCCCCGGAUCGCGGAAGACAUUUUUGAGCACAUAUUUGCCAUGGACGAAAACCUGGAAUUCCACAUUAAGGUAUCAUACUUUGAGAUCUACAUGGAUAAGAUUCGGGACCUGCUAGAUGUGACCAAAACCAAUCUGUCAGUGCACGAAGACAAAUACAGAGUCCCUUAUGUGAAGGGUUGCACCGAACGCUUUGUCACCAGUCCAGAUGAGGUCAUGGACGUGAUAGACGAGGGCAAGGUCUACAAGGCUGGACGAUCUUGCACAAAGUUUCAGACAAAAGGGCAGCUGAUGCUUUUUGUCAGCAAGACGGGUGCCGAGGGAGCCGUACUGGAUGAGGCCAAGAACAUCAACAAGUCUUUGUCGGCCCUCGGCAACGUUAUCUCGGCUUUGGCUGACGGAACGAAGUCCCACGUGCCGUACCGCGACAGCAAAAUGACACGCAUUUUACAGGAUUCACUGGGGGGCAACUGUCGCACCACCAUGUUCAUCUGCUGCUCGCCCUCCAGCUACAACGAUGUCGAGACCAGGUCCACGCUCAUGUUUGGCCAAAGGGCAAAAACCAUCCGAAACACUGUGACAGUGAACCUUGAGCUCACAGCCGAGCAGUGGAAGAGGAAGUACGAGAAGGAGAAGGAGAAGAACAGGUCACUGAAAGAGACCGUGCACAGACUCGAGGCUGAGUUGAGCUGCUGGAGGAAUGGUGAGGUUGGAGGAGGCUCAGAGGACGAGGACGAGCCACCCAACUCCGAGGAGCCGGCACUGGACAUAUGCAGCCCGUGCUCCCUGACCUCCUCCAUCGUGGUGCACAUCUCUGAGGAGGAGCGUCACAAGUACGAGGAGGAGAUCCGGAAGCUCUACAAGCAGCUGGAUGACAAGGAUGCCGAGAUUGACUACCAAAGUCAGAUAGUGGAGAAACUGAAGGAUGAGAUGCUGAAGCAAGAGGAGUUCCUGGCAUCCUCCAGGGAUGACGGUGAAAAGGUGCAGUCAGAGCUGGGCCGCUUGCAGUCUGAGAACGAGCGUUCCAAGGCAGAAGUGAAGGAGGUGUUACACGCCCUGGAAGAGCUGGCGGUCAACUAUGACCAGAAGAGCCUGGAGGUGGAAGAGAAGAGUGUGCAGAACAAGCUGCUGGCCGAGGAACUUGCCAAGAAAAUGACUCACCUGGUGGCGUUGGAGGCGGAGCUUUCUCACAUCCAGGAAGCGAGCCGCCACCAGAGGAAGUGCAUCGCCGAAGUCCUCAAUGGACUGAUGAAGGACCUGAGCGAGUUCGGCGCCAUCGUGGGUACUCAGGACAUCAGACUGUCCACAGAGAUCACGGGUGUCAUCGAGGAGGAGUUCACGCUUGCCCGCCUGUACAUCAGCAAGAUCAAGUCAGAGGUGAAGUCCAUGGUGAAGCGCUGCCGGCACCUGGGCAGCCUUCAGGCCGAGUGCCGGCACAAGAUGGAGGAGACGGGCAGGGAGCUGUCCUCCUGCCACCUCCUUGUCGCACAGCAUGAGGCCAAGAUCCGCUUGCUGACCGAGUACGCUCAGGACGUGGAACGCGAGAGGAGACAACUGGAGGAAAGCUACGACUCCCUGGCGCAGGAGCUGGCCCAGGUCCAAGCUCGAGAGACCGUGAGGCCCUUGGCCAGCGAGCAGAAUGGCUCUGUCCAGGGAUGCCGUGACAUCCAGAGGGCUCUGGAGCAGCAGAUGGAGUCGCACCGCGCGGCGCACAACGAUCAGCUCGGCCACCUGCUUGACUGUGAAUUCUCCUUUUUCCUGGCAACCUUUAGAUUUCUCCACGAGAGACAUGAGCAGUCCAAGCAGGACCUCAAGGGCCUGGAAGAGACGGUGGCCCGCGAGCUGCGCACCCUCCACAAUCUGCGCAAGUUUUUUGUCCAAGACCUCACCAAUCGCGUUAGAAAGAGUGCAGAGAUGGAGCGUGAUGGCAGCAGCGGGUACAUCACCCAGAAGCAAAAGAUUUCCUUUCUGGAGAAUAACCUUGACCAGCUGACGAAGGUCCACAAGCAGUUAGUACGUGACAAUGCGGACCUCCGUUGUGAGCUCCCGAAGCUGGAGAAGCGUCUUCGGUCCACUGCCGAGCGAGUCAAGGCAUUGGAGGGUGCCCUGAAGGAGGCCAAAGAUGGAGCAAUGAAGGACCGGCAAUGCUACCAGCAGGAGGUGGAGCGCAUCAAGGACGUCAUGAUGAGGGCCAGGAAUCCCUUCCGCCGGCCACAUGCCGCACAUAUAGCCAAGCCUGUGCGUCCUGGCCACCCCUUUCCCACGCACGCCAUCUUCACCCGAGGCCUCAGCGAGCACCCGAUUUCAUUGAGUGACGAUGCUCCUUGCAGCAACCCGCCAGCUCCACAAGCUCCCGCCCCGGCACUGGAAAGCAAUCGCUCUGACUCUGAAACGAACCAGAAUCAACCCGCCGGACGCUUAGACCACCAAAACAACACUCAGAAUAUGCCUCCGCCGAGCCAAGCCAACACCGCCGAGAUGCUCGAUUCAGAAAACGGAAACACCACAGACAUCAAUGAUAACAGCAUGUGUAUGAACGACAACAGCGCAUCCACCGGCGACGUCUGUGACAAUCGGGAUCGAAGCAAACUGGGCAAUUUGCACGCCGGAGGCCGAAGCAAGCUAAUAGAAAAGCGAGCAGCUGAUCAGCCGCCUUUGUAGCUUCGUCCUCACCUGCUGGAACAAGCCUCCAUCUUCCUCUUCCCAUUUUGUCAUGUCAAAGGACUGCGUGUCAAAUACAUGACUCAAAAAUCAAUGGAAAUAUGCAGUGCUGGAGGUGACCACCAGCUGGCGCUGUCAUAAUUGCCGAUUAUUGUUAUUCUUUCUUUUUUUUCAUCAUUACCAUAUUUCCUCAUAUAGUGCCCCCCUACUAUAACAAGCCAUGCCCCAAACAGUUGCAGUCAGCGCCUCCCUCAAAUAAGCAGGCUUUACGUGCCGACUUUAUCGUCAUUUUAAUUGAAAUCAUUCCGAACGAAGAUUUCUGGGCCUCUUAACAUUUUACUUGAUCUAUUCUUAUGAGCCGCUUACAUGGUUUGCUACGUAAAUCAGAUCAGCUGUGUUGCACUGUGUGACACGAAGAGAUCGACGUCAACAUCACGUGAUUUAUCAAUAUGGAGUUAAUUUGUUUAUUCCGCACAGUAGUUGUGGUAAAUUCAAUAACUUCUUUUAAGCAAGCUUGAUUAAAAAAAAAAAAAAAAAUCUACAAGUGGUUUAAAACAAGUGGUCCCAUCUCAGAUGUGUUCCAGUAAGAUGCUGACACUUUUAAGUGCAUGUAUGGGGACAUCCCUGCACAUUGACGUCAAGAUAGAGCAUGCGCAGCUCGUCUCGUCAGAAUGAGUUGCUUCCGCUCGGAAUGGCAAAAGGAAUAUACCAACACUCUGAAUCCAAAUUAAAUUUCAUUCAGAUUUG